AUUUCAUGAUGAGUUGAUUUCAGAAGGAGUUCUCAAAACCUUAUCUAGCGAGAUUGAUGGACACCGAAAUAAAGACCCGUCCGUCACUAACUACAUAGCACCAGAGGGUGUGAGCUCAAUAGUAAAGCAUUUCCUCAAUCAAUCAGGAGCCGAGUUAAAAAAGUGUGAGCAGAUAACUCGAGUUGAUGUGAGUGGAGACAAAGUACAGCUGACCAGUGACAGCGGUCAGUCGUACGAGUGUGAUUCAGCUGUGCUGACCAUGCCUGUCCCUCAGAUUCUGCAGCUCCAGGGGUCAAUAGCUGACAUCUUAAAUUCAAAGCCAGAUGUCAAGCAGAAUUUGGAGAAUGUUUCCUACUCCUCUCGAUUUGCCGUGGGACUGUUCUACAAUCCUGGCACCAAAAUAAGCUACACAUGGGGAGGAAAAUACAUCACAGAUAGUCCCUGUGUUAGAUUUGUAGCCAUCGAAAACAAAAAGAGAGGGUUGAACAACCCCAAGCUUGGGCCCUCUGUCACUGUACAUACAAGUGUACCAUUUAGUUUGGAAAAUCUGGAACAGGACAAAAAUGUGAUGGUUCCCACUAUUCUUCAGCAGCUCCGAGACGUGUUACCAGAGUUACCAGAACCAGCUGAAAUCAAGGGGCAUAAAUGGAGAUUCUCACAGGUCCACAAGGCUUAUGUGAACAACCCUGGCUGUGUUGUACUGAACGAGAAACCUCUAAUAAUUUUGGCCGGUGAUGGUUUUACACAUUCCAACAUGGACGGUUGUAUAGCAUCCGCCAUCUCCACUAAAGAAGCCAUGCUCCGAGUUAUAGGCAGCAAGUCUAACAUAUAGACAAUGUAAAUAUUAGAGUUAAAUGUGCAGCAUUCUAAAAGGUUCCAGUGAAGACUGUGUUUGAGUGUAUGUGUUAAAAGUAUUGAAUUUAGAAAAUGGACUAAAAACAGCCUUACAGACAUCUUGAAGAAGCUAUCAUAUGAGUGGGAUAUUUCCUGAUUUGUAACCAUCAGUGACAAUUUCUGGAAGUUUGAAUUGAGUCAUUGAUGUUGGGCAUGAAUGUUUAUAUAUACCGUACAUUGUUGCAUGCACUCCUGAUUAGGAGAACCAUUAUUUUUUUUUCCAAAGUGAUGUCACAAUCAUGUUUUAAUGACCAAUAAUUAUCUUUUUUUUCCUACUAUGUUUAUGUGGAAGUAACCUUUCACUAUCUACUACCAUUGGAUACCUUCUACUAAGUUCCAGCAAAGUCCAUGUAUAUAUUUUUACAAUUUUGACUUUAGAUUUAAUAGGCCAUUUUACUAAACUUGGCACAAAGCAUCCUAUGGUCAAUCUGGUUAGAAUGAAAGUUAGGUUGAGAAAGGGGUUCUGUCGUUAUUUAAUUCAUAAGGAUUUUUUUUGGCACAAAUAAAUAAAUGUUUAUACUUUCUUUUAAAAGACUACUUCAAAUUUGAGAAUAUCCUCUUCUAGUUAAGAUUUAGAUCUGAAUCAUUGCCAUGAACACAGCUGCAUUAGGGCUCUUAAGUUUUAAGAGAAAGAGAACGGUUAAAAAAAUUGGUCUUGUGAAACUCAGGUCCAUAGCUCUAUUGUUGGAUGUUAAGUUUUCAAAAAUCAAAAGAUUGAACUGUAUAGGGCAAACGGAGAAAGAAAAUGAUUCCUGGAGAUUUUCAUUGUUUACAGUGAAUUACUUUUUGUGAAUGUCAAGCUGGUUUGAUCACCAGUGACCAGAUAGCUCAGUUGAUAGAGCACCUGACUGGAGAUUCAGGAUCAAAUUCUGGUCUGGUUUGUCACAUUUUCUCUCCUUUCUGGUAACAAUUAUAAUGACUUGUCACUGACGUGUUGUUAAUUGCUAGAUACGUUUUAAUAUUAAUAGGUUUUUGGGUCAUCAGUUUAUAAGUCUAAUUUUGAAGGACAAAUGAUGUAUUCUUUUUUACUAUUUGUUGAGCUUGUACAUUUGAGGUAAAGAGUAACAACAAAGUUGAAGCCCCUUAUACACUGUAAUAAUUUCACAGUAUUAUCUGAACAUGGGCUUUUGAUUUAGACAGUAUAUGGUCAAGUAGUGCUCUGCUAUGCAAAGCAUUUUUUUGUCCCCCGCUUGAAAAGUGGGGGAUAUUAAUUUGGGUUUGUCCGUCCGUCCGUCUUUCUGUCUGUCUGUAACGCUUUCGUUUCCACACAAUAUCUCGAGAACCCUUUGAGCUUUUGCAAUGAAAUUUAGCAUAGCAACUCCCUAUGGACUAAAGAAGACCCCUAUUGAUUUUGAGGUCAAAAUGUCAAUGGUCAAGGUCAUAAAUAAGCAAAUUCUGUCUGUUAUAACACUUUCAUUUCCACACGAUAUCUCAAGAACCGUUUGAGCUAUUGCAAUGAAAUUUUACAUAACAACUCCCUGUGGCCUAAGGAAGACCCCUAUUGAUUUUGAGGUCAAAAGGUCAAAGUUCAAGGUCGUAAAUUUAUACAUUCUCUCAUUGUGUAACACUAUCAUUCCCGGACGAUAUUUCAAGAAGAUUUUGAGCUUAUGCAAUGUAAUUUUAUAUCAAAUUCCCAAAGACCUCUCUCAACCCUCUCAAAGUGCCCCGCCCCGUU